UGUAACUUUUAUUAGGAACGAUAACCGGUUAGUUUACACUUUGUUAAUUACAGACAAUACAUGAAUAAUGCCGAAAAAAGGACAACGAAAAGCUACCAAAAUGAAGCGGCGAUCUGUAAACAACGAACAAGCAGAACUUCAAAAAAUACUAAAAGAAAAAAAUAUUUUUCUGCCCGGAAUGAAGCUCAAGGAAAUGCGGGAUCUCUAUGCCGUUCUCCAAGAAUCAAUGCUGGAUAACGAGCUACAUCAGAGAAUCAAUGAAUUUAAUGGAAGCUUCACGAAUGAUGCAGUUUUGCGUGAUUUUAUCCCUCUGGAUGAGCCGGCUGGCGCCGUAAAUUUCAUCGUGAACCCAACCACACCACCAGUGAUUCGGUCACCAUCAAAAAUCGUCGGCAUUUCCGAAUGUUCGCCUUUGACAUCACCCGCAGCCAGAGACGUGACAGAAAUUCAUGCUAGAAAAUCAAACGGUGCGGACGACAGCGACAGCGAUGGAUUGUAUUCGUUGGAAUUCCCAGGACCGAGUUGUCGCGUUAUACACGUUGUAGAAGUCGAGAUUCACGCUGAGCCUCGAGGGCAAACAGCAGGUGAAGAUGAGAGUCAGCAACGUCAAAUGAUCUUCACUCGAAAGCAAGUCAAACAAGCUGGAAACACGUGGGACUUGAUUGACCGAUUAGUCUAAAUCGUAUUCGAACUCCUUGUUAUCAUACGGAAGGUGAGUAGUUCAAGCGUUAUCUAUUAAUUUAUUAAAUUCAUUUGUUAUUUCAAUUCAAUAUAACAUAUUUUGAUACAAACAUAAGAAAA